AUGAGGAAUACAGUCAUAACAAACGGAAACCCAACUAAAUCAAAUGAAAUAAAUAUAAACACAGUGGAAUCAACUCAGCCAAACUUGACUAGAACCAAACGAAAGAGAAAUAGACGUUUCAAUAGAAAGAGGAAAAGACGAAACAAAGGAGAGAUCGCGACAGUGACCUCAACUUUGUACAAUCUGUCCAAUGUCCAUCUAACUGAGUCACAACAAAAAGUCCUAAAAAAAGGCCUUGGCUUUAGUCCUACUCCCGACAGAUUCGAUAACUUUCAACUGCAAACAGACAUUAAUAAAACUAUUCGCAACUACCGCUUGAGAGAAUACUUUUUUGAUCCAUUCUCCAGUCAAACCAUCAGCGAAGUAGCUGAAACAUAUCCGAAAUCCUUACGUGUUCCAAGUAGAUGGACACCGCCUACUGGGAGAAAUUCUGACUUAGAUCACUUCGCUAACACUCUAAAACGGGAAAUCCAGAAAACGACAUCAAAGAAACGUACAUUUUCCAAUCUCAAAAAAGACGAAGUCGAGGCCUUGAGGGAACUAGAACAAAGAGCAGCAAGGGAUAUCAUCAUAGUACCUGCGGAUAAAGGCGGGGGAACUUGCAUACUCUCCCGAACUGACUACAUCACAGAAGGUAUGCGGCAUCUAUCGGAUAACUUGGUAUACAAGUGCAUUCCAAAAGACAUAUCUAUACAAAUUGGCAACAAAGUAACCAAAUUAUGUCAUAAUAUGAGGGAAGCCGGCAUUAUUGAUGACAUACUACUCAAAGGGAUAACUCCAAAAAGACCUAAACCAGGUCGUUUACGUUUACAACCAAAAGUGCAUAAGAAAAAUCACCCCAGUCGGCCAAUCAUAUCAACAAACGGAACUGCAACGGAAAAAUUAUCAGCUUUCAUAGAUUACAAAUUAACUAACCUCAUGUGCAAAGAGGUUAUACCAUCAUAUGUCAGAGACAGUAUGGAUUUUCUGAAUAUUCUGAAAAAAAUUGACAAUAUUCCGCCAGGAUCUUAUUUAGUAACCAUGGACGUGACUUCCUUGUAUACAAAUAUUCCACAUAAAGAUGGCAUCUUAGCGGUGGAGAAGUAUCUCAGUAAAUAUACCACAGAAAAACGGGAAAUUCCAUAUAUUAAAGAAGCAGUUAAUAUGGUUCUUGAUAAUAAUAAUUUUUAUUUGACGGAAAGCAUUAUCUCCAAAUCAAUGGGACAGCGAUGGGAACUAAGAUGGCUCCCAAAUAUGCAAACAUAUUUAUGGCAUACUUAG